AUGCCGGCAGCGGCCACGCUCGCCUGCUCCCCAGACGACCUGUCGGCGGUUGCCAAGCUCGUGGGGGCCGCCGCGGCCGCCGAUGUCUGCGCAGCGGUCGACGUCGCCGCCGCGGGUAGCCCGCUCGCCGCCGUGCUGCGCCAUCUGACAGCCGCCAGCGCGGCCGCCAAGCCGGCCGCCGCCGCCGCGGCGGCCGAGCAGGCGCACAGCACGGAUGUCGUGUUCAUCCUGUUUUCGGGCUACCUGGUGUUCCUGAUGCAGCCUUGCUGCGACCCCGCUCACUCCAGCGCUGCCCUUGACCUGCCCCUCUUCGCUGCCCCCAUCCACACCUCUGUUGGCCACGUGGCCACGCGCAUUUGCGUUCCAAACGCCAUGACAAAACACCAGGCCGGUUUUGCCUGCUUGUGCGCGGGCCACGUGCGCGUCAAGAAUGCAGGCAACAUCUUGAUGAAGAACGUGGUGGACUGCUCCGUGGGCACCCUGGCCUGGUACCUGCUUGGGAACGGCUUUGCGUUCGGGCAGUCGAACGGCCGUGCCAACCCCUUCAUCGGCACCGGGAACUUCGCGCUGAACAGCGUCAGCUUCACCGGUGUUGACGGAGAGGGCUACCCCCAAUUCUUUUUCCACUGGGCGUUCUCUGCCGCGGCCACGACCAUUGUGUCUGGUGCGGUGGCGGAGCGCAUCUCAUUCGGGACCUACAUGCUGUACUCCUGCUUCAUGAGCAGCCUGGUGUACCCCGUCGUCGCCCAUUGGCUGUGGACGCAGUGGGGGUGGCUGUCGCCGCUGGCGGCGGCCCCGCUCUUUGGCAGCGGCGCCAUCGACUUUGCGGGCGGCGUGGUCGUGCACACAGUCGGCGGCGCGGCCUCCCUCAUCGGCGUAUACUUCUGUGGCCCCCGCGUCGGCCGCUUCGGCAUCGACGGCUCCCCCUGCAGGGGCUACCGCGAGAACAACUCAAAUCUCAUUGUGCUGGGCACCUUCCUGCUCUGGUUCGGCUGGUACGGCUUCAACCCCGGGUCGGCCUUGGCGGUGUCCACCUACUCCACAGCCGCCCUGGUGGCGCGCACCGCCGUGACGACCACCAUCGGGGCCGGCACGGGGGGGCUGAGCGCGAUGCUGAUCGUCUACGCCCUCACAAAGAAGUAUGAUGUCAUGGCCCUUUGCAACGGCGUGCUGUGUGGCCUGGUAGCAGUCACCCCGGGGUGUGGCGUCAUCGACCCGUGGGCGGCUGUCAUCGUAGCUGUGCUGGCUGCGGGCACGUUCAUCGCUGUGGACCAUCUCAUGCUCAAGCUGCGGCUGGACGAUGUCGUGUCGGCCGUCCCAAUGCACCUCGGCUGCGGCGCGCUGGGCACGCUGUGCGUGGGGUUCUUCGCCCGCCAGCAAUACGUGGAAGAGGUCUACGGCGCCCCCGGCCCGGCAGUCGGCCGCCGCUGGGGCGUCUUCUUCGGCGGCGACGGCCGCCUGCUCGCCUGCCAGGUCGUCGCCCUGCUGUCUGCGCUGUGCUGGGUGUCCGCCCUGCUUGUACCCUACUUCUGGGUGGCCCGCAGGCUCAAUGUCGUGAGGGUCCCGGUAGAGCAGGAGAUAUCAGGCCUUGACGCAUCGAAAUAUGGUGUGCUGACGACCAACGAGCUGCCCACCAAGCCCCGAACUAAGCGCGCCGGGUACGUGUGA